UUGUUUUCUUUUCGUGUUUCAGAACCAGGUGACAGAUACUAACAGAAGACUGCAGCUGGAAGGGGCUGAGUUAUUAUCCUCCAUGAAGGAUUUACAGCAGUGCCGGGUUCAGCAGAGGAACAUUGCAGCCACCGUGGAUAAGCUGAACAUGUGCUUGCCAGUGUUGGAGAUGUACAGCAAGCUGCAAGUUCAGAUGAAGUCUAAGCGCCAUUACCCAGCUCUGAAAACCCUAGAGCAGUUGGAGCACACGUACCUGCCCCAGGUCAGCCACUACCGCUUCUGUCAGGUCAUGGUGGAUAAUAUUCCCAAACUGCGGGAGGAGAUCAAAGACGUGUCCAUGUCGGACCUAAAAGAUUUCCUGGAGAGCAUCCGCAAGCACUCCGAGAGAAUCGGGGAGACUGCCAUGAAGCAGGCGCAGCAGCAGAGAACUCUGGACAACAUUCUAUCUGUGCAGGGCAAGGGGGGCCUCGCCAAGAGACAUAGGAAAUGCCCAAGCCCAGAGGUGAACGGUACCAGCCCUAUGUCUGAGCAGGAUUCCGGCAUUCUGGAUGUGGAGGAUGAAGAAGAGGAAGAAGAGGCCCCUGGCACACAGGAUUUGGUAGAUUUCUCUCCUGUAUAUCGCUGUUUGCACAUCUACACUGUACUGGGUUCCAGGGAAACCUUUGAGAAUUACUACAGGAAGCAGAGAAGAAAGCAGGCAAGGCUGGUCCUGCAGCCGCCAUCCAACAUGCAUGAAACAUUGGACGGAUACAGAAAGUACUUCCACCAGAUAGUAGGCUUUUUUGUGGUGGAAGAUCACAUCUUACACACAACCCUUGGCCUUGUCAACAGAGCCUACAUAGAUGAACUGUGGGAGCUGGCCUUGUCCAAAACAAUGGCAGCCCUGCGGACUCAUUCGUCCUACUGCUCCGAUCCCAACCUGGUGUUAGAUCUGAAGAACCUCAUAGUCCAUUUUGCUGACACGCUGCAGGGUUAUGGUUUCCCAGUGAACCAACUGUUUGACAUGCUGCUAGAGAUCAGAGACCAGUACAGCGAGAUCCUGCUGAAGAAAUGGGCUCUGCUUUUCAGAAAUAUACUCGAUGCAGAUAACUACAGCCCCAUCCCAGUGAGCGACGAGGAGACAUAUCGAAAGUUCAUAGGACAGUUCCCUUUCCAGGAUUCUGAACUGGAGAAGCAGCAGUUCCCUAAAAAGUUUCCUUUCUCGGAAUUUGUGCCAAAAGUCUACUGUCAGAUCAAGGAGUUCAUCUACGCUUGCCUGAAGUUCUCGGAGGAUUUGCACCUAAGUUCCACAGAAGUGGACGACAUGAUCCGCAAGUCCACAAACCUGCUGCUCACUCGAACGCUAAGCAACUGCUUGCAGAAUGUCAUAAAGAGAAGGAACGUGGGGCUGACGGAGCUUGUACAGAUCAUCAUCAACACCACCCACCUAGAGGUCUCCUGUAAGUACCUGGAGGAGUUUAUCACCAAUAUUACCGGCGUUCUGCCGGAAACAGUACAUACCGCCAAACUCUACGGCCUGACAACAUUCAAGGACGCUCGCCAGGCGGCAGAAGAAGAGAUCUACACCAACUUGAACCAAAAGAUCGACCAGUUCCUGCAGCUAGCCGAUUACGACUGGUUGGCAGCCGAUUCCAGCACGCAGGCCAGCGACUACCUUCUAGACCUUGUUGCCUUCCUAAACAGCACCUUUGCCGUCUUCACCCACUUACCAGGGAAAGUGGCCCAGACGGCGUGCAUGUCGGCCUGCAAGCACCUCUCCACCUCUCUAACGCAGCUGCUGCUAGAAGCAGAAGUCAAACAGAUCACCAUGGGUGCCCUCCAGCAAUUCAACCAGGACGUCAAGGAGUGUGAACGGUUUGCCAGAUCCGGACCAGUGCCUGGGUUCCAAGGGGACACGCUGCAGUUGGCCUUCAUCGACUUAAGACAAUUAUUAGACCUUUUCAUCAAAUGGGAUUGGUCCACUUACCUGGCUGAUUACGGGCAACCUACGUGCAAGUACCUACGAGUCAACCCCACCACGGCCCUCAUUUUAUUGGAAAAGAUGAAAGACUCAAGCCGGAAAAACAACGUUUUUGCUCAGUUCCGGAAAAACGAGCGGGACAAACAGAAGCUGAUAGAGACGGUGGCCAAGCAACUUCGAAGUCUAAUCAACAGCCACCAUUCAUGAGAUCUCCGCCACUACAGCCCUAACCGGAAGAUGACUGGACAGUGCCAAAUGCUGUACACUAAUUGAGCGACUGUACCGCCCUUUUAUUGGCAACGGAAAACCUUAUGUAGACUGCGUAGCGUCCGGCAGCCAUGGCGUCUGCUUCAGUAGCGGUGGGCAGAGCAAUGGCCUCCUCCUAGUUCCGCGCUAAACAAGGGAUAGACGUUGUGUUGCUUUGCUAGGUGGUGGGUGUUGUACUUUCUAUUGCACUGAUCUGGAAGGUUUUGUGACCUAUAUUAGAAGACAGUCAUUUCCUUUUUAUAUACAUAUUAUAUAACUCUUUUUUGAGAGGCAGAACUGAUUUUACCGGACAGGUUGGGAGGACAACGGGCAAUUCUGGGUAUGUUAAGCAUGAGCUGCACUGGACUCCUUCACUCCUGAAACCUAGUCUCCCAGUAUUCCCAAACUGACUCCUACCUGGAACAUGUUUAUCCCUUCUUUACUAGAAGGGGCUACAGGGUAUUUGCUUCAUUAGCCUACUCGGAAAUGGCAGUAAGUUGCCCCGUGAACUGACACAUGCAGGAGACGAGAGCAUCCCUUCAGACAUGGUUGGCCUCGUCUGUAACCCAAUCAGAUCUUUUGCAUUCUUUAUACUAACUGCACUAAACAAUUACAAGGUAUCUGUAUAUUGGGUUACUUUGCUCGUGAUUCUUUCUAACACUAUUAAGAACAUCAGCUUUGAUUUUCCUUGAUGUAUAGACAAAACUGUUAUAGUGGAGCCACGUCUGUCCGUAGAGGUUUAAACUGCUAAAGUAAUCUGAGCAAUAUUGUUAUAUUAAGAGUUCUCUUGCAGUAUAUCUUACCCCAUUCACCUGAUGCCAGUGUUAAUUGGUACAUCUCACUAAUGAAUCUAGCACAGUCUUCCACAUACCCACGGCCGUCCCUAUUUUGUACUAAGAAAACCUUGAAGCUGAACAUUUUCCCUACACCGCAGUAAAGCACACUCCUAACUUCCAUUCCUCAACUCUUCUUUAGACGACAUUAAUUAGAAUCCAGCCAUUGUUCUAACUUAAUACUACAGUCAGUCCUUAUUCAAGGUUUUAUAUUCUGUACCUAGCCCGGGUCACCUAAUGGGAUGUCUUCAUUACUGAGGAGAUUCUCAAUGGAGAGUAGUUCCAAGUAAGGGCAAGUUUUCCACAAAUGGCCUUCAUAUUGCUAAUAAGCCUACCCACAGAUGAAAAAGGACAUGACUAAUUAUUUCGUUAUACCAGAUUCAUGGCUAAAGCAGAGGAUAUUUCAGACAAGACUGAGUGAGGAAUGAUAUGUCCUAACCUUCCCUAAUGGACUCUUUCCUCCAUAGGAUGCAGAAACAAUGUAAAGUCUCCGAGAAUUACAGUUCUCACCAGGAGACAGGAAUAUUUUGGCUGUAACCAUACAAAGUCUGAAGACUCUUAGUGACCAAAAGUCUUGUAUCAUUGGGUGGCGCCUUUCUGUGACAAUGUGCCAUGGCAUACCCAACUUAUUCUAUUGUCGUUUGGCUUCAUGAUGAAGCAGGUGGAAUCUUCUAAAGCGUUGCCGACUGGUCACUUAAGAGAAAUUCAGUUGGCCGAUGGAUUGUAAGGAGCUAUAGUUGUGCUGUAUCUUUAAAAAAAUGGAAGCAGGGGUGGGGUUUAGGUGUGGCAGGAAGGGCUUCUUUCCUGAGCACAAUGUAGAUGCCCAACCUUGUAUAUUUAAUGCUGAAUGUAAUCAUUCCCAACUACGCUAUUGGGAAUUGCUGUAGUGCAGUUUGUUUUGAUAGACACUCCAGGCAAACACGGCACAGGCACUUUAGGCCUCAGUAAAGAAGUGUUGGAGCGCUCAAGCUGAACCUGAUGGGAUAGCAGCCAUCAUACGAUAUCCUGAGCAGCUCAGUGCUAUCCAACAUGCAUAUUAGGAGCAGGGUUUGCAUUUAAACACUCCUAUGUAGAUACUAAGUCCAACCAGGCCUCUGUAGCCAUCACUCCAGAGGAGAUCAUAUUAAUCUUCUAAGUAUGAAAUACAUUAAUACCCAAGAAUGUAUUAGUAAAGGACAAGCUAAGAAGAUAUGUAUUGAUUCCCUUGCAACAUGCUUACGAUCUUGGUAUCAUUUCCACAUUGUGCCCUUGGAAUAUGGCUGGACCAGGACACAAUGUCUAUGAAGAUAUUUGAAGUUGCUUCCUUCGGACCUUGCCCAGUACCUGAAUGUCUUAAACUUCGGGAAGUCACCCAACAUGCAGUAUUUAAAGCCCUUAGCAUGUGUUGUUUUUGCCCCCGUUGCCCAAUAAUGUGACCAUUUCAUUGUUCCAUAAAGUGCCUGAAUUUGCCUCCAACCCACGCUCCCCGGUGGGCACCCCGUACAACCAUGAGCAAUGCUUCGAGCUUCCAUGACUUCAGGGAAUCGAGAGCACUAAUCCUUUUUGAGUUUGACCUCUGCCCAAUACUCUGGCCCCCAUCGUAGCAGAAAGCGCCUCGCAGAUGAAUUUCUCGUGCGGAGCCAAGAACAAGUUCUUCCUUGUGAAUGUCUUCUUUCGAGUUCAUUGAAAGCACAAAUUCAUGCAACGUUGCCACCAUUCAAUGUUUACUUUAGAGCUGAGCCAAACUAUAAACUGCACAAGCACGAGAGCAGCUAAGCGCACAAUGCUCAUUGCCUUCCUACUCGCAGCUUAAGCGGCUCAACGUGUUGCCAUACUUCCAACCCUCCUGAUAUUACUCUCAAUAAUGCUGGGAUUCCUUUGUUUACCUUAAGCCCCAACUACUGGAGAAGCCUAUAGGCGAGAGCUGACAGCGUGGAUGAUAAAGGGAAUUCUAGGGGAUUCGUAGACGGCUAAAAACAAAAAUGAUAGGGAUCCUGUCUGCAAAACCUGCACUUUUUAACUCUUUCUUGUGCCAGUGACGAGAUUUGUUGGGUUAUGAUACGCCGGGCCGUAAGCUAUGAUGACUCCGUCGGAGCCUGAAACAGUCUGGUUGUACAGUAAACAAAGCAUUAAAAUAAAGGCGGAAAGUUAAGGAGAAGUAUGAUAGACAUUCAUGGAAUGUUCACCCAGGUCACAAGGCUUUAAGCUUGUAGGAUAUCUAUUGACUACAAUGAAUGCUGUACACUCCCCUUUGUACUAUAUCACAUCCCUUCAAUAAUAAAAAGCAGUUUCAAUUGUGA